AUGACCUCCUCCCCUCCUUUCCUCCUUAAAAUUUCAGCCCCUUCAACUUCACCUCAAGCAGACUGUCCUAACAACAACUCCUUCCCUCCUGCAUCUCCGGCGUCCUGCAGGAAAGGAUUCACCCCUGUUCUCACUCUCGAGGUGCCUGUGGCGCCCGGGAAAGAGUUCAACGACCACCUUUCCUGUAAUGCUGGCCAUUCUCCAAAUGCAGGCAACAGAUUCACCAACCCCCAUUACUGUAGAGAACCUUUCUCUAGCCUCACCAUUUCUUCUCCUUGCUUACCUCGACGGAUCCCCACCCCACCCCCUCCGCCCCCAGUACUCUCCUCCCCACCCCCACCGGAGAGGUGUUCUUUUGAACCCUUUUCUCCACUCCUAGGAAGGCUGUACAGACCAGAGACAGCUGGUUCAUCCCCUCCGAGUCCUUGUUUUGACCGAUUCAGCCUUCAGGGGUCACUGUCUCCUCAUCAGCGGAACCUGUAUUGCAACCAUAUCGAUUCCCCAGAAUCUCAGCGUUCAUGUCCUCCUCCAAGUCCGUGUCUUUGUUAUGUGACUUCCCCGCCUCUCAUUCAUCAGCCCCCUAGAGCCAGCCCAGUAACUUCCCCUGAACUUACUCAUAUAACCUUGGAGACAGGCCCGGUGAUUUCGACUCCCCUUAUGCCAGGGUCCCAGAGAAAUUACUCCAUAAUUUCACCUCUUCUUACCCAUCGGCCCCUGAGAACUGGCCUUACAAUUUCACCUCCCCUUGUUCACCGGUCUGUGGAAACUAGACCUCUAACCCCUGCAUCCAUUUCUCACCGAGGACCCCACUGGUCCUCUGGAAGAAGUUACAAUGAUCCUCCUCUUUCUUCAGCAUCUUCCCCACCCUCUGGCAACCCUUACCAUGACAACCCUAUGCCCCCAAACUCCUGUGAACCUAAACCACAGCUUGAUGUGCCUCUUGGGAAAAAUGGCUGUGGUCCUCCACUCUCUUCUCAGGCAGGCAUGUCUGGCUCUCCCAUCUCACCUCAAGAGGGCUGUAUUCAUUAUUCCCAUUUAUGCCCAGAUUCCCAGAUAUCUGCCCCUAGGAGUCCUCUCUGUGUUAUCAACCUACCACCCGACAGUGCUGGUUCUCCUAGCUCACCCCUGCCUCAGGCUCUCCAGAAGCCCUGUGUAGGGUCCUUUCUGUGGGAGCCUGGGGGGAACGCUUACCUCUUACUAACUCCAGGUACUGUAAUUUCUGGUCGUUCCUGCCCCACAGAACCACCUCUUCCUCAUUGUCCUUAUCCCUCCCUGUACUUCCCGUCUCCCCUGGACAACCAGUGUGUAGCUCCACCUCAGUCACCCAGAGGUUAUAACGAACCCCGCCCUCCUACCUCAGCUCCCUCUCAAAUGAAGUCCCCCAAAUCCCCUGAAACACAACACACUCCCUACAAGUGUCGCUCCCUAGACAAUACACCCCACCACACUCCUCCUAGCCAUCCUAAAUCCCAUAAGACCAACACCUGUCCUCAGUCUCCCUCCCAGUCUUUUGGCCUCUCUAGUCCAUGUAUGGAGCCAGCCAUCACAACUACUUCAAAUUCCUGCCCAAAAGAACUUCCCCCAGAGACCGCUGUCCUCAAAACUGUUGCUCCUACUUCCUGUCCUCAUAGCUCGCCUUGUAAUCCUGCCUUGUCCAGUAGAUAUCCUAAGAGUAGUCCGCAUGGACCACCUCCAGUUUCCCCCUGCAAUACUCAUAUGUAUUCUGUGGUUCCUCCCACCUCCCAUUUAUCCCCACUCUCUAGUCCCCCAAAUCAGUCUCUACCUCUUCCUCAUAACCAGCCUGCUGUUCUCCCCUGUGGCACUUAUUCUGCUCCCAGGGGUCCACCACCCCAUAUCAAUUCUGUGGCGCCUCCUUGUUCCACCCACAUCUAUUCUUUUAUCCCUCUGAGAACACCUUUUGACCCCCGAUGUUUACCUGUUGUCCCUCGAGCUCGGUUUUGCCCCACUACAGUUCCCUGUGGCAUUCAUACCUAUGCUGUGACCUCUCCAGUCCCACUGAACAAUCCCUCCCAGAUUCCCUACAGCUGUUCUUUGCCUCCAUCUAAGACCUCCUCUACCUGUAGCACUUCUGCCAGUUCAACUAUUGUUUGUAGUGACUAUCAAAGUAGUGACAGCCAGAUAAACCACCAGAACAAAAGUCAGAGCCAAAACAAGAAGAGCUCCCUUCCUAAGCAAAGCAAGAGUCCCCUAAGGAGGGGUGCCUUUCAGAGCAGAAGUCGGAGCCGGAGCAGCAGUCCUCUCCAAAGCAGUACUCAGGACCGUACUGAGAGGACCAGUGUGGGCGUCAAACACCAUGAGAGAAGUCGCAAGCAGAGCAGGAGUCCUGCCGAUGGUGAAAUUGAAAGCCAGAGCAAGAGCCUCCAGCACAGGAAAAGUGUGGGACAGAUCAAGAGUCCCCACAGUAGGAAGAAAUAAUGACCUGAACAC